UCGUCAAUAUCGAAGUCUUCUUAUGUGUGUUCUUACCGCGCGUGCACGCACGUGCCAUGUCCGUCUACCUUUUCAAUUUCGUGUCAAACGAGCAUUAGUGAAAAAUAAUGGCAUCUCAGUACAAGACUAUUCAUCCUGUAAAGUACUUGCGAGAUUAUCUUGUGCAAGAUAUCAGACCAGACGGCAGACAGUUUUUACGGUUCAGACCAGUGAGCGUCAAUGUAGGUGCUCUCACUCAGGCGGAUAGCUCGGCUAUUUUCAAGAUUGGUAGUACAACCGUGGUGUGUGGGAUCAAAGCUGAAUUGGCAGCUCCAAGACCUGAUGCUCCAAAUUCUGGCUACUUUAUACCAAAUGUCGAGCUUUCCCCAUUGUGCUCUUUGAAAUUCCGACCUGGACCGCCAAGUGAUCAGGCUCAGGUGGCAUCCAAAAUGGUGGAUGAUAUUCUGAGGAAUUCAGCUGCUCUGGAUUUAACAGAACUAUGCAUAUGCAGCGAUAAACUAGUCUGGGUACUUUAUUGCGAUUUAAUAUGCAUCGAUUAUGAUGGAUCUGUUACCGAUGCGUGUGUUGGUGCUUUAAUGGCUGCCUUGAAAACUUUAACUUUACCAGAGGUUCAGUUUAAUCCUGAAACUGCAGCCGUAGUUGUAAACAAAAUCAAUAGAAAAACUUUUUCUCUUAAAAGUUUACCAGUCUCAACCACAUUCGCAAUAUACGAUGAUCAUCUUCUCAUUGCUGACCCAACUGAUGAAGAAGAGACUUUAUCCAAGGGAAAACUAUGUUUUGUAAUGGAUCGGGAAGUCCUAUGUGGACUCUAUAAGCCAGGUGGGAUAUCAAUUCCUCAAGAUCUGCUGUUUAAAGGUCUUUCAAGAUCUAAAAAGAGAGCGGAGCUUAUAAGAAAACUCAUAGAAGCUGCAACGACACCUUCAGAAAGAUCGCAACAUAUUCAUUAAAAUCAAAGUCCAUAAAUAAAACAACAAAUUUUCACUCAA